AUGUCCGCCCAAUCCAAGCCCGUCCUCCCCCAAAACGACAAUGUCGCCCACGCCCUCGCCGGCGCCGGAGGUGGCAUCCUCUCCAUGGCCCUGACUUACCCCCUAAUAACUCUCUCCACCCGCGCCCAAGUCGAAUCCAAGCGCCCCGGCUCCGAAACCGCCUUCCUCGCCGCCGUCCAAAAAAUCGUCGCCCGCGAAGGCGUCUCGGGCCUCUACUCGGGCCUCUCCUCCGCCCUCUUCGGCAUCUCCGUCACAAACUUUGUCUACUACUACUGGUACGAAUGGACCCGCGCCUUCUUCGAAGCCGCCGCCGAAAAGUCGGGUCGCGCCUCCAAGAAGCUCACCACCGUCGAGUCCAUGAUCGCCGGCGCCAUCGCCGGCUCCGCCACCGUUAUUCUGACGAACCCCAUCUGGGUCGUCAACACGCGCAUGACCACCCGCAAGGCUGCCGCCACCGAAGAUGGGGAAAAGAAAGAUGACCUCGAGGCGCAAAAGGCGCGGAACAAGAAGCCGAGCACCAUCGGGACGUUGUUGGCGUUGUUGAAGAAGGAGGGGCCGCAGGCGUUGUUUAGCGGGGUGGUGCCCGCUUUGGUGUUGGUUAUCAACCCCAUUUUGCAGUACACACUGUUUGAGCAGAUGAAGAAUGCGGUGGAGAAGAAGAGGAGGAUUACUCCCGGGGUUGCGUUUGUGCUGGGCGCGUUGGGCAAGUUGUUUGCUACUACGGUUACGUACCCUUACAUCACCGUCAAGAGCCAGAUGCACGUCGAGGGGGGCAAGAAGGAGGGUGUUACUGAGGCGUUGAAGAGGGUGGUGAGGGAGGAGGGGUAUGCUGGGCUUUACAAGGGCAUCGGUCCCAAGGUGAGCCAGAGCGUCAUCACUGCUGCCUGCUUGUUCGCGCUCAAGGAUGUGCUCUACGAGUACUCUGUUCGCCUCAGAGGCUCCAUGGCGAGAAAGGCUCUUGCCUAA